GGGGCGGCUCCGGAGCUCCAGCGGCCCGGCCCGCGCGGUCUGCGGCGCGGCGCCGAGAGAGGGGCCGCCUGGGCCGGACGCAGCGGGCGGGACCCGGGAAGCGACGGCGCGGAGCGGCGCGGAGCCCAGAUUAUCCUGCUCGCCAGAUGUCUGACGGUUUUUCUUGCAUAAUUGGCCAUUGGUUUUCACUGCCUUCAAAAGAUCAAAAUUACUCCAGAAAUUGGAGAAUUUGAUUUAAAAGAAAAAAAUCGAACAAAUGGACAAUAUGUCUAUAACAAAUACACCAACAAGUAAUGAUGCCUGUUUGAGCAUUGUACAUAGUUUGAUGUGUCAUAGACAAGGUGGAGAAAGUGAAACAUUUGCAAAAAGAGCAAUUGAAAGUUUGGUAAAGAAGCUGAAAGAGAAGAAAGAUGAAUUGGAUUCUUUAAUAACAGCUAUAACUACAAAUGGAGCUCAUCCUAGCAAAUGUGUCACGAUACAGAGAACACUGGAUGGACGGCUUCAGGUGGCUGGUCGGAAAGGGUUUCCUCAUGUGAUCUAUGCCCGUCUGUGGAGGUGGCCUGAUCUGCACAAGAAUGAGCUGAAACAUGUUAAAUAUUGUCAAUAUGCAUUUGACUUAAAGUGUGAUAGUGUCUGUGUGAACCCAUAUCACUAUGAACGAGUUGUCUCACCUGGAAUUGAUCUCUCAGGAUUAACAUUGCAGAGCAAUGCUCCACCAAGUAUGUUAGUGAAAGAUGAAUACGUUCAUGACUUUGAGGGACAGCCAUCCUUACCCACUGAAGGACACUCAAUUCAAACCAUCCAACAUCCACCAAGUAAUCGUGCAUCAACGGAGACCUACAGCGCCCCAGCUCUCUUAGCCCCAUCAGAGUCUACUGCCACCAGUGCCACCAACUUUCCCAACAUUCCUGUGGCUUCCACAAGUCAGCCGGCCAGUAUUCUGGCAGGCAGCCAUAGUGAAGGACUGUUGCAGAUAGCUUCAGGGCCUCAGCCAGGACAGCAGCAGAAUGGAUUUACUGGCCAGCCAGCUACUUACCAUCAUAACAGCACUACCACCUGGACUGGAAGUAGGACUGCACCAUACACACCUAAUUUGCCUCACCACCAAAACGGCCAUCUUCAGCACCACCCGCCUUUGCCGCCCCAUCCUGGACAUUACUGGCCAGUUCACAAUGAGCUUGCAUUCCAGCCUCCCAUUUCCAAUCAUCCUGCUCCUGAGUAUUGGUGUUCCAUUGCUUACUUUGAAAUGGAUGUUCAGGUAGGAGAAACAUUUAAGGUUCCUUCAAGCUGCCCUAUUGUAACUGUGGAUGGAUACGUGGAUCCUUCUGGAGGAGAUCGCUUUUGCUUGGGUCAACUCUCCAAUGUCCACAGGACAGAAGCUAUUGAGAGAGCAAGGUUGCACAUAGGCAAAGGUGUGCAGUUGGAGUGUAAAGGCGAAGGUGAUGUUUGGGUCAGGUGCCUUAGUGACCAUGCAGUCUUUGUACAGAGCUAUUAUCUGGACAGAGAAGCUGGACGAGCACCUGGUGACGCCGUUCACAAGAUCUACCCAAGCGCAUAUAUAAAGGUCUUUGAUUUGCGGCAGUGUCACCGGCAGAUGCAACAACAGGCGGCCACCGCACAAGCUGCAGCCGCUGCUCAGGCAGCAGCUGUGGCAGGAAACAUCCCUGGUCCUGGGUCUGUAGGUGGAAUAGCUCCAGCAAUCAGUCUGUCUGCUGCUGCUGGCAUCGGUGUAGAUGACCUCCGUCGCUUGUGCAUACUCAGGAUGAGCUUUGUGAAGGGCUGGGGCCCAGAUUACCCGAGACAGAGCAUCAAAGAGACACCAUGCUGGAUUGAGAUUCACCUCCACCGUGCUCUCCAGCUCCUGGAUGAAGUCCUCCACACCAUGCCCAUUGCAGACCCACAGCCUUUAGACUGAGAGCUCACCGUGGACACCCUAACCCUUGUCAGGAGGGUGGACUAUGCGAUGUACUCGUGUUUAUAAUCUGAACAUCUAUUGCAUUUUUGUUCUGCUCUGUCUUUUCAUAAAGGGUUGAAAGAUGUGUUUGCUGCCUUGCUCUUAGCAGAUGGAAACUGAAUUAGAACUUUUUUUUUUUUUUUUUUAAGAACUUUCAGGCAUGGCUCAGAGCUUGAAGAUCAGGAAGAACCAAUUCUUACUAAGUCUUCACUGGUUGUUAUGUAUGACAGAGUCAUUCCAGUGCUGGGAACUCAGCCCUUUAAGUGUGUGAGAGCUCCUUACACGGAGGACACUGGUGUGUUACUCUGCAGGAUAAAUUCAGAGUUGCUGAUUUUGAGGCUGAGAGGUGUCAAAAUUGACUCACCUGUGACUUAGCCGGCGAGUCAUUAUCGACCGCACUGUGCCCAAGUGACACGAGUUGGCUUUACCAAGAGCAGCUUCACUCUGUUGUCAACCUUUUAUCAGCCUUUUAUCCAGAAUGGUGUUUUGCAAGUUAAACAGUGAAGGUGAAUUAAAUUCAUACUGUCUUGCAGAAUUCAGGGUUUUUUUUUUUCAAGACAAAACACUAAUCUGUGUGCAUAUUGACAAUUCCUUACAAUUAUCAGUCAAAGAAAUGCCAUUUAAAAUUACAUUUUUUAUCCCUAAUGGAUGACGAUUAUCAGGAUGUGUACUUUUGCCCUGUUAAACAGUAGAUGAAUUCUUCUAUAUUUCUAGGCACAAGCUUGGUUAUAAAAAAGCCUAGGGGAGGAAUUUCUUUCCCUUAAUUCGUAGGGAGAAGGUUUUGUAUUUAUAAAAACACUAAAAGCAGUGUUGGUCUGCCUGCUGCCUCACUGCUCUGCAGGGUGGCAGGGCUUCGACUAAAAUGAUGACUAUUCUACGUUAAAUACUGUGCAGAAUAAUGGAAACAUUGCAGUUCGUAAUAGGGAGUUUGGAUAUUUUUGUACUUGAUUUGAUGUGUGACUUUUUUUCAUAUACUGUUUAAAUCAUGUAUGUUUUGACAUUGUUUAAAAUUCAGUUUUGUAUCUUGGGGCAAGACUGCAAACUUUUUUAUACCUUGGUUAUUCUAAGCCCUUUGUUUGACAUCAUCGAUCAGUCGGCAGUGACUUUGUAUAGAGAUUGAAGUAGAAAAGCUGCAGAUGCUUUGACUGUACCACAGACACAUGUAAACUUUUUACCUAGCUAGUAGCGUAAAUAAAACUGAGUCUCAACAUACAAAGUUGAAUUCUAGGUUUGGUUUUUAAAAUGCUUUCCUUUUGCACUUUUGAGUCCAAUCUCAGUGGCAAGACACCUUCUACUAAAUGACAGGCAACAGCCAGUUGUAUUGUGCAGCUCUGGUUUUCCCCUCACACUCUACCAGGACUUUCCCAUGUAUAUUAUGUAUCAUGUGUAGAGUUGCUUAUUUUUUUGAACUUUUAUUUUACUGUAGUAAAAUAGGCCUGGGGUUUUAAUAGUGUGAAUAAAAUCAAGGUCAUCAUCGAGAUGUUUUUACUCUUUGAGAGUUUUGUGACUUUUAAAAUGCAGUGGCAUUUGAGUUCUGGAAACACUUGCGCACAGCAGUUCUCUUUGUGCCAUAUAGUGAACAAGUCCUGCAGCCUUCUUCAGAAGGUCCCGAAGGUCUAGAAUUCCACUGAGAGCUGCUGUGCCUGAAGUGUAGAUACCAGUCCAACUUACACAUCUUGUUUUGUAAGAAACUUCUCUGCCAAUUCAUGUCUACUUUUAAGUGCUUAUAAAUACUUUUGUUACCUAAUUAUUAUCUGUAUCACUUCAGUGAUUUUUUUAAAAUGUUGUAUUUGGCAGAAAUAUAAAAAAAGAGCUUCUCUAGAAA